UUACAGAUGGAGCGAGCAUCUGCUGUAGGAUUCAUUGAUGUUGAUGUCGGCCGCUCCUCCUGGUCAUCAGACCAUCUUUAUGUCACCCUGCUGCCCACUGCAACACUCAUGAGUCCAGUGGACUCGAAACAGGGCACUGGCCGUCAAAAUGUGAGCAUGUUUAAAAAAGUUGAUUUUCGAGUCACUUGCACUCAGCCUUUCAACAAACAGUCACAGUUUGGUCUGUCCUUUCUGCGCAUCCGCACCAUGGAAGACGAGGCCGAAUAUUCCUCAGUGCAACAUGAAGAUACUGCUGCUGAAAAUCUGACAACCCUAAAGGAGACCCGUCAGGUGGAUCUUCUUUCCUGGGGAAGUACAUCCUUGGAGCCAAAAACAACUUCAAGGGGCUUCAACAGUAACGAGAGAAAGACUGUUCCAUUACAUGAGCCUAUACUCCAUGACGAACCAGCAGAGGAGACUGUAGAAGAGGAAGAUAAAGACUGCAGACGUGCAGGAGUCACCUACUGCUGA